GGCGCUGACCCGAGCCCCCUCAGCGCCUCGAGAUCGAGUCAGUCAGAUAAUACAUGAAAUAAUGAGAGCGCGAGGCUGCGGACGAGCCGGGUAAUGACGCCGGAGACUGUGUGGCUCCGCGGCCGGGAAUAGAGAGACGUUUUGCGGCGGCGAAUGCUCGUGUUUCUCCCCCCCCUCCCCCUCCCCCCCCUCCGGAGUCCGGACACCUGCUGGAGCUGUUUUUUUUAUGAAGACUGUGCAUGGACAGUAAUGACGGCGCGCUUCCAACGGGCCACUGGGAGAAUCUGCAAUGUUCGAGCGUCAAAGCUUGUUCAAGACGGUCAGCAUGCUGAAGUGGUCUGUAACGUGCUUUUCCUGGACAACACAGUGCAGGCCUUCACAGUGAGCAGGCAGGAUAAAGGCCAGGCGCUGCUGGAUCUGGUCUUCAACCACCUGGACUUGACUGAGAGGGAUUACUUCGGCCUCCAGCUGGCUGACCGCUGUGGCGACUCUCAGAAGUGGGUGGAUCCAGCCAAGCUGAUCAGGAAGCAGUUAAAGGGGGGGUCACCGCACAAUCUCAACUUCCUAGUCAAGUUUUUUGUUACGGACCCAAAUAAACUUCAGGAGGAGUACACAAGGUAUCAAUACUUCUUGCAGAUUAAGCGGGACAUACUCAGCGGAAGACUGCCGUGCCCCAACAGCACUGCCACACUCCUUGCAUCCUACGCCGUUCAGUCUGAACUGGGGGACCACAGCAACUCGGAGCACUUGCUCGGCUACCUCUCUGACUAUUGUUUCAUCCCCAACACUCCACAGGGCUUUGAGAAGGAAGUGGUCAAGCACCACCAGCAGCACAUCGGACUGUCUCCUGCCCAGUCAGAGUUGCUCUAUCUCAACACAGCACGGACUCUGGAUCUGUAUGGAGUGGAGCGGCACUAUGCCAGGGAUCAGAGCAACACGGAAAUCCAUAUCGGUGUCAUGUCUGCUGGAAUUGUCAUUUAUAAAAACAGCGUGCGAAUCAACCACUUCCCAUGGGUGAAGAUCGUCAAAAUAUCCUUCAAAUGCAGACAUUUCUUCAUUCAGUUGAGAAAAGAAGCACAUGAGAGCCGUGAGACUCUACUGGGCUUCAUCAUGUCCAGCUACCGGGCCUGUAAGAACCUGUGGAAAGCCUGCGUGGAGCAUCACUCCUUCUUCAGGCUAGACAGGCCUGUCCCGCCCCAGAAGAACUUCCUGGCCCAAUACUUCAGGCUAGGCUCCAAGUACCGCUACAGUGGGAGGACUGAGGCCCAGUCUGUGCAGUACGGCAAGGAGAGGGCCAUCAGAGACAGGGUGUUUCCCAGGUCUCAUAGCAGGCCACUGCUGAGGAAAAUGGUGAGCGGUGUGGACUUUGAGUUGAUCAGCAGGAGCUCCACAACUGAGGAGCGUCUAGAGAAUUGGAGUUUACCCCCAUCUCUCCUCACACUCAAAGUCAUUUUCAUAAACUAUUAUACAUGCUUUAAAGGAGGCAAACAGGAUGACGUAACCCCCCUUUACUCCCUCAGCUGUGACUCUAUCUUCAGGCAAGAUGGAGGUCCCCUGUGCCCUUCCUCCACAGGACAGCUACUGGACUGUGUGUCUCAAAAUGCUGCCUCCUGCUCGCCGUGCCAUGCAUCAGCAUAUCAUAUGUCAUCUUCCUCCUCGUCCUCUGCUCAAGCCAAUGGCAGCAGCCUGGACUCCAACCUGUCACCUGACAGUCCCACCUCUCAGGACCAGGUCCCAUCACCUGCCACUCAGCAGUCCAGGACCCCCUUAUCCAGCCUGGGCAAUGGCAUCAACCACCAUGGGUCUGGGGUCUUAGACAAGAACAUGGUAAAUGGAGACGAAACUCUCGUAUUGAUCAGAAUGAGCGCUGAUGAACAUGGUCGCUUUGGAUUCAACGUCAAGGGUGGAUCCGACCAGAAGAUGCCGGUGAUUGUAUCUCGAGUGACCUCCGGCACCGCAGCGGACCUGUGUGUGCCGCGUCUCAAUGAGGGCGACCAAGUGGUCAGGAUCAACGGGCAGGACAUCCUGGAGCUGACACACGACCAGGUGGUGUCCAUCAUCAAAAACAUCUGCGAGGAGCGCUCGGGAGAGCUCACGCUGCUGGUCCGGCCUAAUGCCAUCUAUGAGGUGGAGGAUGAGGCUGUGGAGUGUGACCAGCCGGUCUCUGUGGUAACAGAGCAGAAAGGAGGUGGGUCAGAGCUGGACACUUGGAGGAGCUCCAUGCAGAAGUUAAAGGAAGCCCUGGCCAGCGGAGCGGCGCUAGCCCAGUUUGAACAAUUGUACCGGAAAAAGCCCGGGUUGACCAUGACCUGCGCCAGAUUGCCUCACAAUAUCUCCAAAAACCGCUACCGAGACAUUUCGCCUUAUGAUGCCACGAGAGUUAUCCUAAAGGGCGAAAAUGACUACAUCAACGCAAAUUACAUCAAUAUCCCGUUGCCAGGUACGGUGAACCGGUACAUUGCCUGCCAGGGUCCACUGCCAGGGACCUGCGCCGACUUCUGGCAGAUGACUUGGGAGCAGGGCUGCCCUCUGCUGGUCAUGCUGACCACACAGGUGGAAAGAGGACGAGUGAAAUGUCACCAGUACUGGCCUCACCUGGCUGGCAGUGCUACCUACAGUGGCUACCAGGUGUCCUGUGCCUCUGAAGAGGGGAACUCUGCCUUCGUAGUAAGAGAGAUGACAGUCACACAUCUGGAGAGCCAUAGGAGCCGGCCAGUGACCCAGCUGCAGUACCUGGCCUGGCCGGACCACGGCGUACCAGAAGACUCCACCGACUUCCUUGCACUUGUCGGCCUGGUGCGAAACAAGAGGCAGAGUGGGGAGGACAAGCCCGUGGUGGUGCACUGCAGUGCUGGAAUUGGUCGAACGGGAGUGCUGAUCACAAUGGAGACGGCCCUGUGUUUAAUGGAGUGCAGCCAGCCGGUCUAUCCUCUGGACAUUGUCAAGACAAUGAGAGAGCAGAGAGCUAUGAUGAUCCAGACGCCGAGCCAGUACCGGUUUGUUUGCGAAGCGAUCCUCAAAGUCCACGAGGAGGGGCUUGUUAAACCCACCACGCCUCCACAGAGGGAGUAGAGAAGCGGGUCCAAACCUCAGCGGGGGACAGAGCUUCAUUAGCCGACAACCCGUCAUCGGAAGACCUCUGGGACUGUCUUCAUCCCUGUCCACUGUUUGGACUCAUGUGGGAGUCAUGGAGAUCUGGAGCUGAACACAGUCGCACUUUAUGCAAAUGAUAUGGAGAAUGAAUUUUUUUAAGGUCUUCUGUAAGAUCAGUGCGGUAAGAAAAAGGAAAGGAAAAUCUGUUGGAUAGAGUUGCAGCAAUGUUUGUCACGUAGCGCGAGGACGGCAGCUUUCUUCAAGCACCUCUGACCAAGAGCCUUCAACUUUAGUAGGUUUUCUUUCUUUCUUUUUUUUUUUCUUCUUUUUCAUCCCGCUCCUUUAUUAUUCCAAAAACCUUUUUACUUUCUCAUGAGAAGGACUCUUAAAAACUUCCUUUUUAAUCUUCCCAGACGAGGCUUAUUUCUUGGUACUGCUUUGUCUGGGAGCUGAUGCAGAAUGGAUUGCUGUGACUUGCACCGUGGUUACCGCUCGUCUGUCGUCUCUGUGUUGAGCGCUGGCGGAUGACAGGACUUCCUUUUUCAGCGUUGGACGUGUCUCAGACUUAAUUGCUUAAUCAUUUUAUUUAUUUGGUUGGUUGAAUCGAGACACGGCUCAAAGAGUUCUUGUCUCUCGUUUAACAAUGCACACGCUGACGUUGAGGCAGCUAUGCACAUUUUCACCAUAUACAAAGGAGUUGGUCGUCAGCCCAGCUCUGUAUUUUUUGCACGAGGCACGAGAAAACAGAGGACGCGAGAGAGGGAAAGAGUGCAAAGGAGGGAGAGAAACGGAGAUGAUUGGAUGUGUGUGUUUGUGCAUCCACGUGUGUUCAUGUGUAUGUAUGAAUGUGUGUUACACAGUAGCCCUGUUAUAGUUUUGAGAAGCCCAGAUAUUGCAGUCUUUGUGCAAGUUCUGCUGCUGCAACAAUAGACACUUCGGUCUGCAGAUCCUGUCGGAUGGUCACCGGCUAGUACACAAAUUGCACACGAGGAAUUACGACGCGCGCAAAAUACACUCACCUUUUCUAUUUUUAUACUUAGAGCUACAAUCCUAAAGAUUCACAUGUGAACAAACAUCCCUGUCGAGACCCUCGGUGGCUGGUGUUUGAAAGACGAUAACUGGCGUACAAAUACCCAAAUCAUGAAUGCUUUUGCAGUUGCUCCUUUAUUUCUUCUGUCACCACAGACUGUCUGUAAGUUGAAGGAAAAUGCUUACUUUUGGGAUUGUAGCUUUAAAAAAAAAACGAUGUUGCAAUUCGAAACUGCAGAAGAUCACAUUAAUGUUGCCUGACAGUAGUUGGCGAAGAAGCAGUGACACCAGCGAAACAUUUGCAGAAAAAACAGAGCGCUGAUCAUAUUUCUUCAGAGUUGCAGCUUGGCAGAUAUUUGCUGGUUUUAUGCUUUACACGACGAGCAGGAAGCUGAUGAACAGGCGGCAAUCUUCCGACACCGAGUUUGACUUUGGUUCGUCUCAGUUUGAGUUGUUUUUUUCUAUCAUUCAAGUUGUUUUUCGGCUAAGCGUUUUUUGCUUAUCUAACUCACAAACGUGUAUAUCUAUAUAGAGACUAUUGUGAACCUUCAAGGGUGCUCAUGAGCGCUUGCGGCACACGUUUUAAGCCGAAAGAGGAAAAGUUUUCCCAUAAAUUAGAAGUGUUGUUCUUUCAGGGGUGCAAAGGUUUUCGUUAUACGGGGACUAAAAAGCAUUCAGAACUGAGACCAAAUAUCAUAAGGUGGUUUUUGCUACUAAUUCAUGUCGGUGCACAUAUUUGAUAUUAGAAACUGGGUAAUUUAUAACAAGCUAUCUUGAUAUUUGGCAAGUUUAUUACUUUUUAAUAUUUUUGUAUGCAGGGUGUUUCUGCUUCUUGGAUGGUAUGUCCAAGCCAAUAAACUUUUUAUUGAUCUUAAACACUAACAUAGUUUUACCUGGGUUUGUCUGUGUAGCUGAACCUGACGUCGAAUACAUUUUGUUUGGUAGUUUACAUCUGCUCAGAGCUUUGAAAUGAAACGUGCCCUGUGAAGGUUUUCCAUGUUUGGCCAAAAGCAACAUGGUGCUUAAUGCAUUUCUUUGUCAGGAUCGGAGAAACACCCGACCUGGCUCCCAGCAAAUUUGAAGGGGGAUGGGGCAUCCGGGUAGCGCGGCGGUAUAUUCCGUUGCCUACCAACACGGGGCUCGCCGGUUCGAUCCCCGUGGUACCCCUGGCUUGGUCGGGCGUCCCUACAGACGCAAUUGGCUGUGUCUGCGGGUGAGAAGCCGGAUGUGGGUAUGUGUCCUGGUCGCUGCAGCCUCCUCUGGUUGGUCUAGGCGCCUGUUCAGGGGGGUAGCAUGAUCCUCCCACGUGCUACUUCCCCCUGGGGAAGCUCCUCACUGUCAGCUGAAAAGAAGCGGCUGGCGACUCCACGUGUAUUAGAGGAGGCAUGUGGCAGUCUGCAGCCCUCCCCGGAUCAACAGAGGGGGUGGAGCAGCGACCAGAAGGGUGAGGUAAUUGGACAAGUACAAUUGGGGAGAAAAAAGGGGGGGAAACUUUGUUUUUAAGGGGGAUAAUUUAUUAACUAUUGAAUUGACAUGAAAUAGCUUAUGCCAAUUUUUUUAAAUAAUGAUAUUAACUUGAACGUAUCUUAGUGCAGUUAUGGCAAGCAUGGAGGGAGAUUAAUAUUGAAGCCAGGUCUCCUGCAAUUGAACUAACAAAGUGAACGUGACACCAUAUUUUCAGUUGUCGAGUGAUUUCUUUUUUUUUUUUUUAAGCAAAGAGAACCCAUUAAAAGUCACUGUGUUUACAUGGUUUUACACCCACUCACUGUGGGACGCCCAGAGAAAUCUUGGCUUCAUUUUCAGAAGUGUUUCUGAUAGAUACACCGAUUGACUUUGAGGGACUUUUAUUGCACUACGCCAUCACACCUCAUCAGUACCUCUGCACUACUGUGUACAUUUGCUUCACACUUCCAGUUUGUUCUAUUUAAGACGAAGAAAGUAGAGAAAACUUUUCUUUUUAUAUGUGAUCGGUACAGACCUCUGUUGGAAACGUUUUCGGGAGCUGGGUGGAUUACGAAGAAUGAAUAAUAGCUUUUCUGCAGAAAGAAAAUAUUUUCUUACUACUUUUUCCACUUGGAGGUAACGUUCAGAAUCUGUGGUGACUGAUGCAGGGAGGUUGUGGUGUCCGUGACAUUGCUGAUGUUUGCUUUUUGUCCUAAAUAGGAACAAUAUGUGUUCAAUAAAGCACCGCUGUUGUAAA